UCUUUUUUUGUUUGUGAAAAGAGCUGAGCAGAGCUGAAGGCUGCCUGGUGGUUUCAGAAACUGCCUACUUAAUUUCAAAAGAACAAUGGUAGGAAAGGCUAGAUCUUCCAAUUUUACCUUAUCUGAAAAGCUUGAUUUGCUAAAGCUUGUGAAGCCAUAUGUGAAAAUUCUUGAAGAACACACUAAUAAACAUUCAGUAAUAGUGGAAAAGAAUAGAUGUUGGGAUAUCAUAGCAGUUAACUAUAAUGCAAUUGGAGUAGACCGCCCUCCUCGAACAGCUCAGGGCCUGCGCACCCUUUACAAAAGGCUCAAAGAAUAUGCCAAACAAGAGCUAUUGCAGCAAAAAGAGACCCAGUCAGAUUUAAAAAGCAAUAUUUCUGAGCCAACCAAGAAAGUUAUGGAGAUGAUUCCCCAGAUUUCCAGUUUUUGCCUGGUAAGAGACAGGAACCACACACAAAGUGCAAACUUGGAUGAGGAUGCACAGGCUGGUACCAGUUCACUACAGGUAAUGUUGGAUCACCAUCCAGUUGCUAUUACAGUAGAGGUGAAGCAAGAAGAAGACGUUAAGCCCCCUCCUCCACUGGUUUUAAAUUCUCAACAGAGUUAUACUUUAGAGCAAAGAGAAGAACACGAUUUAGUACAUGUUAUGGAAAGAUCUGUGUCGCCAUCACUUUCCUCUGUUGAUAUGAGAAUGACAUCGUCUCCAUCAUCUAUUCCAAGGAGAGAUGAUUUUUUUCAUCAUGAGAGUGAAGGACACGUUAGGUCACGAUUAGGGUAUGAUCCUCAGAUUCUGCAAAUGCUGAAAGAGGAGCAUCAGAUAAUUUUAGAAAAUCAAAAAAAUUUUGGAUUAUAUGUUCAGGAGAAGAGGGAUGGAUUGAAAAGAAGGCAGCAGCUAGAAGAAGAGCUGCUAAGAGCAAAAAUUGAAGUGGAGAAGUUGAAAGCAAUUCGCUUACGGCAUGAUCUACCUGAAUAUAAUAGUCUCUAAGAUUUUUUUUUAGUCUUGCAAUUUGAUCAUUUUAAUUUUGGCCAAAUUACUUUCAUUUGAGAAUAUCCUAAAGCAGAAUACAUAUUCUUAAAAAUGUUGUUAAUAUCUAUUAUGAAAACAGUCUUUCUUGACAUUAAUUUCUAAUUUUUAAAUUUUCUUUUGUGAUACAUUAAAACGUAUUGAUUAGCUGGCAUGGUUAUAUUUUUUGUCUCCCCUUAAUUUUUUCCUAAGAAGUUUAAUUGUUGGCCUUACAAAAGAUGUUUCAUUUUGAAUAAAAUAUAACAUACAUAAAUGUAUACAAACAUACAUAU